UUCAAAGUUCAAACCUUCAAUAUCAUCUAUCAUUAACAAAUAUCUUUUUACAUACACUCCAAUCCAAACAUUUAAAAAAAAAUGGCAACAUUUAAGUUAAACUUGUUAGUCCUUAUGUCUCUCAUGCUUGCAUCUAUACAUAUUCAUAUCGCCAUGGCGCAAAUAACCCAUACUGUAGGGGGUAACAUAGGCUGGACCGUUCCUUCAACCGGGCCAUCCGCUUACACCAAUUGGGCAUCAGCUCAAACCUUCUCUGUAGGCGAUACAUUGCUCUUUAACUUUGCCACCGGCGCACAUACCGUCGCAGAAGUGGCACAAGCCGCGUAUGGUCCAUGUACAAAUACCAACCCUAUUAAUCUUGUUUCCACGGGUCCGGCUAGGCUCACUUUGAAUGCACCUGGGACACAUUAUUAUAUUUGUACCGUAGGAACUCAUUGCCAAAUCGGUCAAAAGUUAGCUAUCAAUGUUUCUGCGGCUUCUCCUACCCCUUCACCCGUAUCUCCACCAACCGUCGCUCCAACGCCUUCCCCUUCACCCGUUUCUCCACCAACCGCAGCCCCAACAUCUUCACCUACAUUGGCCCCUACUCCUGUCCCCUCUACUUUUACCUCACCGCCUACCUCAUCCCCUGCACCUUCGCAACAAGAAACCACCCCACCAACAUCUGGACCGUCUACCUCAGACGAUACCUCCCCUUCUCCCACUGGCAGCACCGUCUUACCACCAUCUUCGCCUAGCGGUGUUGCACGAUCUUUCACCGCAGUUGUACCCUUUACUUUCUUGGCAGUUGCCUUAGCUUUCUUCUUCUAGAAUUGUGGACGUUAUUAUUUCUUGUUUGAGAUUUUCCUUUUAGCCUUUUUAUGUAAUUAGUAAAUACCGAUUGAUUGUUUUGUAUAAUGUUAUAUAUAUGAUUAUGAUUAUUUCAUAUAUUAUGAUAUUA